UUUCCUUUUCUUCUUUGUCUUCUCUUCAGAUUAUGCUCUUCGCCACCCCAGUCAGAUGCUCAAGUCCAGUUACUUCUUUUUUUUCCAACUUCCACGCUUUCCAGAGGUUAUGCUUUCCAUCAACGACUUUAAGGCACUGAAGAGUCUGUAUACGAGCCGGAGCACUGGGAUCGGGCUUAAGGGCCGUUGGCUAACUGCUGAAGAACUUGAGGCCUACCUGUAUGCCCUGUCGCAGCCCGGAGCCCUUACAGCUGCCCUCAACUAUUAUAGAAAUGUGUUCAGUUUCCUCCCCCUCAAACAGAGUGAGGUACGCUCACCGGUGCUGCUCUUGUGGGGUGAAAGGGACGCCUUCCUCGAGCAGGACAUGGCCGAGGCCUGUCGCCUCUACAUCCGCAACCACUUCCGCCUGAACAUCAUCUCCGGUGCCAGCCACUGGCUUCAGCAGGACCAGCCCGACAUAGUCAACACACUUAUAUGGACAUUCCUUAAAGAGGGAGAGGGAAGGAAAAACUACAGGAACUGAGAAAAGCCUUGUUUUACCCUACACCUCGGCCUGCACACCUUCUGAUUAAUGCAAGCAUCCUGUCUAAUUCAGCACAGCUUGGAUGUUAAUAAAACACUAAUGUGAAGCUUAGAAGUGAAU